CCGCGCAAUCCGCUCCUAAAGCGCCCUUCUUGGACGACGGAGGACUUCCCUGUUCGAUUAGGCGGUCCUGAGGCUCCUGCGCCGGAGGUAGAGGCCGAGGGGGUGCUCUGAGGCUCGUUGAUGCUGGCGAUGCGGUGGCCGUGGCCGCCGGCGGCGAGGAAGUUCAGCGUGCGGCUCGUGGUGCGCCGGGCGGAGGGCCUGCCCCCUGCCCCCGCGACGGACGCGGACGCCGAGGCCAGGAUGGCCGUCGAGCUCAAGUGGAAGGGCCCCAAGGCCAGGUGGAAGGGCCUCCGGGUCUGCCGCAACCGCACGCGCCUGGAGGCGCCGGCGCCGGCGGCGGAUGCGGAAUCCUCCGUGGCGUGGGACGAGGAGUUCGAGGACGUGGUCACCCUCACCGCGGCCUCGCACCGCAAGCCCGCCGCCGCGUUCCACCCCUGGGACCUCUCCUUCUCCGUCCUCAAUGAUUCAAAUAAAGGCCCAAAAGGUGAAUUAAUUUUGGGAACUGCAUCACUGAACCUAGCAGAUUACGCAUCUGCUGCUGAAGAGGAAAUUGAGAUUAUCCUCCCAUUGUCGGCGCCCAAUGGCACUCCCGAGUCUUCCCCAUCACUUCAUCUCACUCUGAGUUUGGUGGAACUAAGACUUCCUCAGCAAUCACCAGAUGCAGCACAGCGUUCUGUUGCUUGUGUCCCAUUGUCACCAUCUUCUGGUGACUCCGUUCCUUCUGGAAAAGAUGAGCAUUCUGUUAUUAAAGCUGGGCUGAGAAAGGUGAAAAUCAUCACAGAUCUUGUGUCGACUCGAAGGUCUAAGAAGCCUAAGAGAGAGGAUGACAGCAGUGAUAAGUAUGUUCAUAGUGACGGCGCCGAAUACCCUUGUGUUAUUGACUCUGAUGAUGAUCUAGAUGAUAGACAGAGGGAUGAUGACUUAGGGGGUUCAACUGUCAGGAAGUCCUUCAGCUACGGUUCGCUGCAGUCUGUGAAUGUAGCUGGUGGCCUCUUUUAUGCACAUGCAAGGAUUGAUGGAGAGCACGAGGACUGGAUAUAUUACAGUCACCGUAAAUCUGAUGCCGGCUAUCAUGUAGAGAAAGAGCCAUCAUCCACUUCGGAGGAGAAUUCCUCUGUAGUUAUUCGGCGAAAAAGGAGCAUACUUCCUUGGAGAAAGGUCAAACUGCCGAAGAAAGGGGAACCUUUAUUGAAGAACAAGAAUGGAGAAGAGGGUGGGGAUGAUAUUGACUAUGAUCGCCGGCUAUUAACCUCUUCUGGUGAAUCCGUUUCUGGGGGAUCAAGUGGUUCUGUUAGUACUAUGGAGUCAGUAUUUGGCGAUGACAAUUUUGUUGUGGGGAACUGGGAGUCAAAGGAGGUACUUAGUCGUGAUGGGCAUUUGAAGCUUUCCACCCAGGUGUUCUUCGCAUCAAUAGACCAGAGGAGUGAACGGGCUGCCGGGGAGAGUGCCUGCACCGCACUGGUGGCUGUCAUCGCGGACUGGUUCCAGGCAAACCAGGAGCUGAUGCCAAUCCGCUCACAGUUUGACAGCCUCAUCCGAGAAGGGUCUCUAGAGUGGAGGAAACUUUGUGAGAAUGAGACCUAUAGAGAGCGCUUCCCCGACAAGCACUUUGAUCUUGAGACGGUACUUCAUGCCAAGAUCCGCCCACUCACAGUUGCUCCUAACAAGUCAUUCGUUGGGUUUUUCCAGCCUGAAAGUGCAGAGGAUGGCAGUGGGUUUGACUUCCUUGACGGUGCCAUGUCAUUCGAUAACAUCUGGGAGGAGAUCAGCCAAGCAGCGGAGGCUUCUUCUACUGAGAAGCCUACUCUUUAUGUUGUCAGCUGGAACGACCAUUUUUUCGUCCUCAAGGUCGAGGCUGACGCGUACUACAUCAUCGACACACUUGGUGAGAGGCUGUACGAAGGUUGCAACCAGGCAUACAUCUUGAAGUUCGAUGACAGCACCACAAUUCACAAAGAGCCCGCUGAAAAGAAAGAAGGCAGCCCUGAUUCGAGCGCACACCACAAGGAUUCUGCAGAAAGCUCCUCCACCGAGCAGGACAGCGGAACUGACGACACCGAGGAGAGCGAGCUCGUGCUCAAGGGCAAGGAGGCGUGCAAGGAGUACAUCAAGAGCUUCCUGGCCGCCAUCCCGAUCCGCGAGCUGCAGGCCGACAUCAAGAAGGGGCUCAUGGCGUCCACGCCGCUGCACCACCGCCUCCAGAUCGAGUUCCACUACACCGAGGCGUGCCCCAGAGAGAUCACCCUCCCGGCCCCGGCCCCCGCGGUCGAAGCCCCCUUCGAGUUUUGCUGGCCCGACCCGCCGCCCGCCAUGGAGUUUCCCCUCGCACCUGCAGUCGCCGUUGUAUAGUGCCCGCCGCCAUGGCCGCCGAGAGCUAAUCGACCGGCGUUUAACAUACAGAGAGUGAGAGAGAGAGAGAGAGAGAGAGAGAGAGAGAGAGAGCCUGCUUUUUCAGGGCGAACCCUGAAGUGAACCGGGUCGAAGAUCUGGCUUCGUCUCGGGUUUGCGCCGUUUGCUGUCUAGUUAGUUGAGAUGAAACCGAACUGACUAGUAUAGGUAACCGAACCGAACCGAACAAAAUUCCCGUUUUGCUGUGUGUGUUUGCCUUCACUUUCUCUGCCAGGCUAUGAUGGGAGGAGCUUUCAUCUUGUACAAAGAAAGAAGAAUGCUGUCUGCUCCUACCUGUCGCCCUGAAUUGAAUUGUGAUGGGACCUGCCUGUAAUCAUCCUCCUUGGUAGAUCCUCAAUGUUAAUUAUGUUAAUGUUAAUUAUUAUGCCAUGUUCCUUUCUUCUGAGAGAUACUUUCGCUACUGCUUUGAGCUUCCAGUUCAGGGGAGCUUGUAGCUUCA